CUUUAGAACCCUGAAAGAUUGGAUGUUCCCUGUCUGAAACUUUUCCACCUAUCUUAGCUUGGAAGAGAAAGAGAGAGGGAGAGGGAGAGACAGAGAGGAAAUGUGUGUGUGCGCACUUGUGUGCACGAAUCUGGUUGUGUAUGCCAAUACCCGUGUAUGAAGGGGAGAGAGGCGGAGAGAAGAAAAAAAAGAGAGUGAGAGGAGGAAAUGUGAGAGAGACAUGGAAAGAAGAUUGCUUGGUGACUGCUAAGACUGCAGGCAGAAAUAGGCUACAAAAUAACCACUGCAAGCUGCCUGUGAUUUUUGGAAGCUGAUACAAAAUUGUCUUUACUUUUGUUAACUACUAAGAGACAGAUAUGAAAUCUGGCUGCUUCUUCUUCUACAUGUUGAUUUUUGGAAAGGACUUUGUUCACAGUGCAGGACAGGCCACCCCGUGUCCUAUUGGACAUUUCCCCUGUGGAAAUCUGACAAAGUGCUUGCCUCAAGGACUCCAUUGUAAUGGGGUGAAUGACUGUGGAAAUAAUGCUGAUGAAGACGACUGUGAUGACAACAAUGGAUGGUCUCAGCAGUUUGAUAAAUAUUUUGCAAAUUACUAUAAAAUGAUUUCCCCAUAUUCCUUUGAGACACAGACAUCUGAAUGCUUGGUUGACUCUGUGCCGGUGAUGUGUCUGUGCCGGGGCCUAGAACUUGACUGUGAUGAAGCCAACUUACGAGCUAUCCCUUCGGUCUCUUCAAAUGUGACCAUGAUGUCAUUACAAUGGAACCUGCUAAGGAAACUUCCUACUGAUGGGUUCAAGAAGUAUGAGGACCUUAAACAUCUGUACCUGCAAAAUAAUAAAAUUAGAUCAGUAGCCUUGCAUGCUUUCAGGGGACUGCACAAUCUGACUAAGCUGUAUCUGAGUCAUAACAGAAUAACCUUUUUAAAGCCUGGUGUCUUUGAAGAACUUCACCAACUGGAAUGGCUGAUAAUUGAAGAUAACCAGCUCAGUCGAAUUUCCCCAGUUACAUUUUAUGGACUCAGCUCUCUUAUUCUUUUAGCCCUGAUGAAUAAUUCUCUUGCUCGAUUGCCAGAUAAACCUCUUUGUCAGUACAUGCCUAAACUGCACUGGCUGGACUUUGAGGGCAAUCAUAUCAAUAAGUUAAGAAAUGUCACUUUCGUCUCCUGCAAUACUUUAACUGUCCUGGUAAUGAGAAAAAACAAAAUCAACCACGUAAAUGAAAAUAGCUUUUCACCUCUCCAAAGAUUGGAUGAACUAGAUUUAGCGAACAACAAGAUUGAAGUUCUACCUCCAUACCUAUUUAAAGACCUGAAGGAGCUCUCCCAACUGAAUCUUUCCUAUAACCCAAUCCAGAAAAUACAAGCAGGCCAGUUUGAUAACUUAGUUAAACUCAAAUCUCUUGGCCUGGAAGGCAUUGAAAUUGCAAAUAUCCAAAGAAGAAUGUUUAGACCGCUUAGAGAUCUCUCUCACAUAUACUUUAAGAAAUUCCAGUACUGUGGAUAUGCCCCUCAUGUACGCAGCUGUAAACCAAACACUGAUGGGAUUUCAUCCUUUGAGAAUCUCUUAGCAAGCAUUAUUCAGAGAGUGUUCGUCUGGGUUGUAUCUACAGUUACGUGCUUUGGAAACAUCUUUGUUAUCUGUAUGCGACCUUAUAUCAGAUCUGAGAAUAAGCUCCAUGCCAUGUCAAUAAUUUCUCUCUGCUGUGCUGACUGCCUAAUGGGAAUAUACUUAUUUGUGAUUGGAGCCUUUGACCUAAAGUACCGUGGGGAGUACAAUAAGCACGCCCAGUUAUGGAUGGACAGUACCCAUUGUCAGCUGGUGGGAUCUUUGGCCAUACUGUCCACAGAAGUGUCAGUUUUACUUUUAACUUUUCUGACUUUGGAAAAAUAUAUCUGCAUAGUGUAUCCCUUUAGAUGUCUGAAACCCGGAAAAUGCAGGACAAUUACCAUCCUGAUUCUCAUAUGGAUUAUUGGGUUUGUAGUGGCUUUUGUUCCUUUGAGCAACAAGGAAUUUUUCAGAAACUACUAUGGCACCAAUGGAGUCUGUUUUCCUCUUCAUUCAGAACAGGCAGAAAGUACAGGAGCACAGAUUUAUUCAGUAGCAAUUUUCCUUGGUAUAAAUCUGGCAGCCUUUAUCAUCAUAGUGUUUUCCUAUGGAAGUAUGUUUUACAGUGUUCACCAAACUGCCAUUACUGCUACAGAGAUCCGGAAUCACGUGAAAAAGGAGAUGACCCUUGCUAAACGUUUUUUCUUCAUUGUAUUUACUGAUGCGUUAUGCUGGAUACCCAUUUUUAUAUUGAAAUUCCUUUCUCUGCUUCAGGUAGAAAUACCAGGUACUAUAACAUCCUGGGUGGUGAUAUUUAUCCUGCCUAUCAAUAGUGCUUUGAACCCUAUCCUCUAUACUCUAACCACAAGGCCAUUCAAAGAAAUGAUUCAUCAAGUUUGGUACAAUUACAAACAGAGAAGAUCGAUCAGAAGCCAAAGCAGUCAGAAAAUGUAUACACCAUCAUUUAUUUGGGUGGAAAUGUGGCCCAUGCAGGAGAUCCCACCUGAGUUAAUGAAGCCCAUUCAUUUUACAGAGUCCUCUGACACAUCUUUAACCACUCCGUCCACAAGAUUCAAUUCCUACACAUAACUAAUUCUGAAAGUGGAAUCUUCUCAUGUGAAUUUUUCAGUGUGCUUCAUAGUAAAUUUAAUUUUUUUAAUAUACUGUAACAGUGAAUGAGAGGACUAUAGAUUUAUUUGGAAAGUUGUCGUGACAUCAGAUAAUAGGGACCUCAGAGUAUUGGUCGUUCUGGAAAAAACAAUUGUAAUGACUGACAGAGUGGGGCAGAUUAUAUAGAAUGAUGGCGACCUAUAUAGAGAGUGAGGCCGAGAGAGAUAUCUCUCACUCUAUCUACACCCACAUGUACACUCUUUAUCUGGGAACUAAAAACUAAAACAAAACCUUUCAGAUAGGAAUAUAAAAGUAGGAUUUGAAAAAAAAUCACUUUUCAAUCUGCACAAGGACAGAAUCUUCACCCGACUAAUUCAGCCAGGAUAUCAAAAUGCCUUUGGAGAGAUUGCUCGUUAAACCAAGACUUCUAGCUGCCAUGCAGUUGAGUCAAGUAUAUUGAUCUAUUUCCCAAAGUUUCCUAAAUGUUCUUUAAAGUGCACUGUGGCUUAAAAAUGACUCCAGAGAAGUUGCUGCCUGCCAUACAGAGAUGAUCAUUCUGUAAAAGGCCCCUUUGCUCCUUUCCCUUCACCCUCACUGCUGUGGAUAUAGUUCCUAUGUCAGGUCAUAUACCCUUGAACCUUUGAGAACAGGCAUAUUGGUCAAGGGUUGUGGGCAGAUAGUCGGCAUUCUUAUCAGCUGUCCAAAGAGAAGUCCUGUACUCACCUGCUGCUCUCCCACAAGUAGGUGGGAGGGGGUGAUGGAGUGCAAGUCAGGCUGCAGAAC